GUGGCCCAAUUUCACAACAUUUCCGGUUUUUUCUACGCCAUUUUGGAGAAAGACUCUUCAGAUCGACUUUUUUGCCUCUUUCUACAAAACCUCUGGAUUUGGAUUCUCGUUGAUAUUUUCUUCCUCUUCCGUCGACGACUAUGGCUGAGCAGCUCACCGAUGAUCAGAUCUCCGAGUUCAAGGAGGCCUUCAGCCUCUUCGACAAGGACGGCGAUGGCUGUAUCACCACCAAGGAGCUUGGGACUGUGAUGAGGUCACUGGGCCAAAAUCCAACCGAAGCUGAGCUGCAGGACAUGAUCAAUGAGGUGGAUGCUGAUGGUAACGGAACCAUCGACUUCCCUGAGUUUCUGAAUCUGAUGGCUCGAAAGAUGAAAGACACCGAUUCUGAGGAGGAACUGAAGGAAGCCUUCCGUGUGUUUGACAAGGACCAGAAUGGUUUCAUUUCUGCAGCUGAACUCCGCCACGUGAUGACAAAUCUUGGUGAGAAAUUGACCGACGAAGAGGUCGAUGAGAUGAUUCGUGAGGCUGACGUGGAUGGUGACGGCCAGAUUAACUACGAGGAAUUCGUUAAAAUCAUGAUGGCCAAGUGACAAAUGGAUCAAACGUGAAAGAAGAGAACCUAUAGAGGCUAAGAACCGAGAGAGAGAGAGAGAGAGAGAGAGGUUAGCACAACUGUGUUCCAUGGCACACCUAUAUACCCCCAACUGGAACACUUUCUAUGUAGGACCCUUCUUCUUCUUCUUCUUCUUCUUCGUGUUACUAGCUUUACUUUGGUU